CUGGGUCCGGGGGCCUGGCCACUGCAGAGGAGCUCCCAGCUUUGGUGGAUUCUUGCAGUGAACAGGAAUCAGGGAGGCGCCAGGUUAAUCUGACCGAAAGCAGAUGUGUUCAGCUUUGGAAAAGAUGCCAACCCCAGCCACCACAUAUGAAAGAAUAGUUUACAAAAACCCCUCUGAGUACCAUUAUAUGAAAGUCUGCCUAGAAUUUCAGGAUCGUGGGGUUGGACUGAAUGCUGCACAGUUCAAACAGCUGCUCAUUUCAGCCUUGAAAGACCUCUUCGGGGAGGUUGAUGCAGCGUUACCCUUGGACGUCCUAACCUACGAAGAGAAGACCCUGUCAGCCAUCUUGAGGAUAAGUAGCAGUGGUCUUGUCAAGUUGUGGAGUUCUUUGACUCUGUUAGGAUCCUAUAAAGGCAAGAAAUGUGCUUUCAGAGUGAUUCAGGUUUCUCCAUUUCUGCUUGCCUUAUCUGGUAAUAGUAGGGAACUAGUAUUGGAUUGAAUAGUCGUCAAUUGCAGAAACAUUCCUCUGCUCUCAGAAGCCCCUUUUGGUGACAAUACGCUGCCUGAAGACUGAAGCCAUUUAA